AUGCGGUGUUCAAAACUUCUUUCAAAAAGGUAUGCUGUUCGGAAUACUUUCUUCGCUUUUGUGUCUCUGCAUUUCAUAUGGGCUGCUUGGGUUUUUACAUUUUCACUUAUGGUAUACAUGAAAGGAGAUGUUGCAACCGUUUACAUAGUAUUACUUUCUAUGUCGACAGUUCUGAAUUGCGCCGGUUGUGCAAUUAAAGUAGUGGUAUUUUCAAAUCGUUCUUAUCGGUUAGCAUUUCUAUGUGUGCAAUUCUUGGUCAUUAAAGUGAUUCUUGAUGCGAUGUUUUGGUUUGUAAUAGUUGUGUCUUUUGAUAUAGACUUUGGUUUGCACUUUUACUAUGACACGACUUUGUUGACUACUGUACUGAGUUCACUCGACAUGGUUCUUUUUCCGAAUUUCCUGCUAGCUGAACUUGAAAGAUUGCAAAAGAAACGAAACUAA